CAGAGUAAAAUGAUUUUGGGCAAGAAUUGAAAUAUCCGUAACCAUAUGCAACCACUAACUGUUUAGCGCGGACUGCGUAUAAAGUAAAAGAUAAGCGUUUUACGUCUUGUCUCAAAGUCAGGCAAUACAUUGGACAGACCUAACCCGUCCUCCCAGGACCCUGAAUCAGAGGUUGUGCUGAACGCCGAAACUAAAUCGUGAAAUGGCGCCUUAGCGGUUAUUCGGCGUUAUUUUUUUAUCAAUAUCAUCGCCAUCUUCCAGUAUUCCUUGAUUGAAGUUAUUUUACUGCGGUCAAUCUACUUCGAGGAUUGUAAUCUGGACGAUAUUACCGAAAGGUACAGCACAUGGAAUUGACGUCUGACGUGUUUCGUGCCCCCUAGUGGUGCUUCAUCAUAGACUGAGUUUAAUAUUUGCUGCUGGAAUUUCUACUUGAUCCCUUUACUGCAGUUGGUUUACUGCUUUUCCCGGCAUUGCACUUGGCCCAUGUGCGUCAAUACAUCUGCCGUAUGGACUUGUGGCGUCUGACAUCACCAGUGAGAGCUGAUCAGGAGCGCCCCAUGGAAUAUUGGCGUCCUAUCCUACUAAAAAGAAGCCUUGAUCAUCCUGAUUGAUAACAUCCAUCACCAUCAUGUUUCUCUACAACAUUACCCUACAGAGAGCUACAGGCGUCAGCUUUGCUAUCCAUGGCAAUUUUUCAGGUACCAAGUUACAGGAGAUUGUUGUUUCCAGAGGGAAAAUCAUAGAAUUGCUCAGACCUGAUGCUAAUACUGGUAAAGUGCACACUCUGCUGACUGUAGAAGUGUUUGGCAUCAUCCGUUCCCUCAUGGCUUUCCGUCUUACCGGUGGAACCAAGGAUUACAUAGUGGUGGGUAGUGACUCGGGCAGAAUUAUCAUCUUAGAGUACCACCCUUCUAAGAACAUGUUUGAGAAGAUCCACCAGGAAACAUUUGGAAAGAGUGGGUGCCGCAGGAUUGUGCCUGGCCAAUUCUUAGCUGUUGACCCCAAGGGCAGAGCUGUGAUGAUUAGUGCAAUUGAGAAGCAGAAACUCGUGUAUAUUCUGAACAGAGAUGCAGCUGCACGACUCACCAUUUCCUCUCCACUUGAAGCUCACAAAGCUAACACUUUGGUGUACCAUGUGGUGGGGGUUGAUGUGGGUUUUGAGAAUCCUAUGUUUGCUUGCCUGGAGAUGGACUAUGAGGAGGCAGAUAAUGAUCCAACUGGUGAGGCAGCAGCCAAUACACAGCAGACCUUGACUUUCUAUGAGUUGGACCUUGGUCUUAACCAUGUUGUGCGGAAAUAUAGUGAACCCUUGGAGGAGCAUGGAAACUUUUUAAUCACAGUUCCUGGUGGAUCAGAUGGCCCCAGUGGAGUGCUCAUUUGCUCUGAAAACUAUAUAACAUAUAAGAACUUUGGUGAUCAGCCAGAUAUCCGUUGCCCCAUCCCUAGGAGACGGAAUGACUUGGAUGAUCCUGAGCGAGGCAUGGUGUUUGUCUGUUCAGCCACACACAAGACCAAAUCCAUGUUCUUUUUUCUGGCCCAGACUGAGCAGGGGGACAUUUUCAAGAUCACACUGGAAACUGAUGAGGAUAUGGUAACAGAAAUUCGCCUGAAAUAUUUUGAUACUGUUCCUGUGGCAACAGCUAUGUGUGUACUGAAAACUGGCUUCCUCUUUGUAGCCUCAGAGUUUGGCAAUCAUUACCUAUACCAGAUUGCUCACCUGGGUGAUGACGACGACGAACCAGAGUUCUCCUCUGCCAUGCCCCUAGAAGAGGGAGACACCUUCUUCUUUCAACCACGUCCUUUAAAAAAUCUAGUCCUUGUUGAUGAAUUGGAUAGUCUUUCCCCAAUCAUGUGCUGUCAGAUAGCUGACUUGGCCAAUGAAGAUACACCCCAGCUCUAUGUUGCUUCUGGACGUGGACCACGCUCUUCUCUUAGAGUCUUGAGACAUGGGCUUGAGGUGUCUGAAAUGGCCGUGUCAGAACUUCCUGGUAACCCCAAUGCUGUGUGGACAGUGAGAAGACACAUUGAAGAUGAGUAUGAUGCUUACAUCAUUGUGUCCUUCGUAAAUGCCACCCUGGUACUUUCUAUUGGUGAGACUGUGGAAGAAGUAACAGAUUCUGGUUUUCUUGGGACUACUCCAACUCUGUCCUGCUCCCUGCUGGGUGAAGAUGCUUUAGUGCAGGUAUAUCCAGAUGGAAUUCGACACAUCCGAGCAGACAAGAGAGUAAACGAGUGGAAAACGCCUGGAAAAAAGAUAAUUGUGAAGUGUGCUGUUAACCAGCGUCAGGUUGUUAUUGCACUGACUGGGGGAGAGCUGGUGUACUUUGAGAUGGAUCCAUCAGGCCAGCUGAAUGAGUACACAGAGCGAAAGGAAAUGUCCGCUGAUGUUGUGUGUAUGAGCUUGGCUAAUGUUCCUCCUGGAGAGCAGCGCUCCCGUUUUCUGGCUGUCGGGCUCGUAGAUAACACUGUCCGCAUAAUCUCCUUGGACCCAUCAGACUGUCUGCAGCCACUCAGUAUGCAGGCCCUGCCUGCUCAGCCAGAAGCUUUGUGUAUUGUGGAAAUGGGCGGUGCAGAGAGACAGGAUGAGCUGGGAGAGAGAGGUUCUGUUGGAUUCUUGUACCUGAACAUAGGACUGCAGAAUGGAGUGUUGCUUAGAACUGUAUUGGAUCCAGUUACUGGGGACCUGUCUGAUACCAGAACACGGUAUUUAGGAUCACGUCCUGUGAAACUUUUCCGGGUUAGAAUGCAGGGUCAGGAGGCGGUCCUGGCCAUGUCAAGCCGCUCCUGGUUAAGUUACUCCUAUCAGUCCCGUUUCCACCUCACACCACUUUCAUAUGAGACAUUGGAGUAUGCAUCUGGUUUUGCCUCUGAGCAGUGUCCAGAGGGUAUUGUAGCGAUUUCUACAAACACCCUGAGGAUUUUGGCAUUGGAGAAGUUGGGUGCAGUAUUCAACCAGGUGGCUUUUCCACUUCAGUACACACCACGCAAGUUUGUCAUCCACCCAGAGAGUAGCAACCUUAUCAUUAUUGAGACUGAUCAUAAUGCUUACACAGAGGCCACAAAAGCGCAACGCAAGCAACAAAUGGCGGAGGAAAUGGUAGAGGCAGCUGGUGAGGAUGAACGAGAGCUAGCUGCAGAGAUGGCAGCUGCAUUCCUUAAUGAGAACUUGCCAAGUCCAAUUUUUGGGGCACCUAAAGCUGGAAAUGUCAGGUGGGCAUCGGUCAUCCGUGUAAUGAACCCUAUUCAAGGAAACACCCUUGACCUAGUGCAACAAUAGCAGAAUGAAGCUGCUUUCAGUCCCCCCCUGUUCCCUACAGUGUGGCUGGUGUGCCGCUUUAGUAACACAGGAGAUGAUUGGUAUGUUUUGGUGGUUGCCAAAGACCUGAUUCUUAACCCUCGUUCUGUCGCUGGUGGAUUGGUUUACACCUACAAAUUGUGUGAACAAGGGAGGAAGCUGGAAAUUGUUCACAAGACAUCUGUUGAGGAGGUCCCAGCUGCUAUAGCACCUUUCCAGGGCCGGGUUUUAAUUGGAGUUGGUAAAUUAUUACGAGUGUAUGACCUUGGUAAGAAGAAACUCCUAAGAAAAUGUGGAAAUAGCACAUUGCCAAACUUUAUUGUGGGCAUUCAAACUAUUGGACAGGUCAUUGUGUCAGAUGUGCAGGAAAGUUUUAUAUGGGUUCGCUAUAAACGUAAUGAGAACCAACUUAUCAUAUUUGCUGAUGACACAUAUCCUCGCUGGGUCACAACAGCCACCUUACUGGACUAUGAUACUGUGGCCGGAGCUGACAAGUUUGGAAACAUUUGUGUGGUUCGGCUGCCUACAAAUAUUAAUGAUGAUGUUGAUGAAGAUCCUACCGGUAGCAAGGCAUUGUGGGACAGGGGACUUCUAAAUGGAGCUUUCUCACAGAGGUAAAUGCAUGCGGAAGUAAUCAUGAAUUACCAUGUGGGAGAAACUGUACUUUCACUGCAGAAGACCACUCUAAUUCCCGGUGGAUCAGAAUCCCUUGUGUACACAACCCUAUCAGGAGGCAUUGGGAUUCUUGUUCCUUUUACAUCGCAUGAGGAUCAUGACUUCUUCCAGCAUGUGGAGAUGCACCUGCGCUCAGAGCACCACCUAUCUGUGGUUAGAGACCAUCUCAGCUUUGCUCAUACUUACUUUCCUGUGAAGAAUGUAAUUGAUGGAGACCUGUGUGAACAGUUUAAUUAUGAGCCAACCAAACAGAAAAGUGUUGCAGAGGAACUAGACAGGACACCACCAGAGGUUUCAAAGAAACUUGAAGACAUCCGUACCCCGCUAUGCCUUUUAAUUAUGUUUUAUAUAUGGAUUCUGAAAUACUCACUCCAUUGAUUGCUAAUGUCGCAGUAAAUAAGUCACAGCUGACAUUUUGAUAUCUGUUGUUCAGUGUGAAAUACUGAGUCUUGUGCUGUCCAUGGUGAAUCAAGCAACUUGGUGGCACCAGCUGUUGAUUGAUGAGACUAAAAUACCUUUUAUGAGCAAGAAAUAUCAUC